AUGGGUCGAGUAGUAUAUCCCAUUUGGCAUAGUGAGGAAUCAGAAUGGUUUCAAUGUUUAUCACAAGCAUUAUUGAUGGUAACACUUUUUGCAUUUCAAACUGGUGUCACCAACAACUAUGUCUAUCCUCCAUUGAUCGAUAGUUGCUUGAAGAAAGAUAUAUUGAACAACGAGAUGCAUAACACUACAACAUUACAGAUAAAAUCUAAUGGAAUCAGAGAAAGUGUGAUUCAGUUCUACAGACAUUAUCACCAUUACUAUUUUUCUUUCAAUCAGUAUGUACCCGAUCAACACAAAUCUAUUGUAUGGGACAAAUCAAAGUUAACACAAUACCUACUCAACAACACGAUUAGAAAAUACAGUAAUACUCGAUACCCACCAACUAAAAGAAAUACAGAUCGUAUCAUUGCAUUGUGUGAUGAUGGUUAUCUUGUUGACUGUAAAGUUAACGUAGAUGUAAAAAGUACUAGUACUUCAACUUCAGAUACUACUACCGCAGAUAAUAACAACAGCAGGAGAGAAAAAGAAGAAAAAGAAAAAGAACAAACACAACCAACUCAACAACAAUUUAAAAAGAGAUCAAGUGUUUUAAAAAAGGCCUCUUACUUUGGACCUGGUGAAUUUGUAAAAGGCUUGUCCGAUGAAAAGGACUAUGUCUACAACUAUGGUAAUGUUGUCGAUGUCAAGGGUGUUGAUAUUACCAAACAUUGGGAUGAACAAACUCUUGGAGAGUACCUCAAGGCAGCUGGUUUUAUUCAAGGUUCUUCCGACACUCCAAGAAACAAAGCAAUGGUAACACCACUUUUCAUCCAUUUGACAAACAAGAUGAUGUCACAAUAUGCCAGACUCUAUCAUUGUGAAUCAACCAUUAUGAAGUUCAUCUACAAUAGAUUCCAUGGUCUGGUGGAUCAACAAAGAACGGUUAAAUGGGACAGAGAAAUGUUGACCAACUACCUCCUCAACAACACUGUUAGAAAGUUUAAAAACGAUGUUCGUCUGCCUACUCAAAGCAAUAUUGCCAUCAUCUUUAGCUAUUGCAAAAUGGCAAUUGGUCGAGUCGUCAAAUAUGCCAAGCCAAAAAAGGUAGAAGUGAUCACUGACAUGGAUACUGUUCAAGAAGCUAUUUACAAGAUGGGUCGUAUGGUAUUACCCCAUUACAACAAAGAAAUACAGUGGACAGAGGACUUAAGAAUGUUGGCUCAAAAUGCAUGCUAUACAGCAUUCCAGACUGGUAUCAAAGAUUAUGUUUACCCUCCAUUAAUCGUUGAUUGUCUCCAACCAGAUAUAUUGAAUGGAUUGGAGUAUGCUCAUUUCAGAGAGACUGGAUUACUCGACAUGAGAAACCAAUAUCAAUUAUAA